AUGAAUGAAGCACCCAUAACCCGUUCUAACCUAAAUGUGAACUCCCAGCAGAAGUGCAAAGCAAAGAAGAAUAUUAAGAAUACAUUUAGCUCAAAUGAAUUGUCAUUCAUCGAGCAAAAAUACCAAAAACGUCUUAAGAAGCACAAAAACAUAGGAGACGACAUCACUGCUGAAGGUAAUUUCUCACCUUCUCCAUGGAGGCUCAUCUCUAGUGUGCUUGGUGUCAUAUGCCUUCUCCUGAUGGCUGCAACCAUCGUGGUGACCAUUUUUACUACAAAUCCAUCUUCUGAAAGAACAUCUUCCACCAUCCAGCAAAAAGGACCUCAUCAUCCCUGUCCGGAGGACUGGGUCUGGUUCAGAUGCAGCUGUUAUUACUUCUCCAAGGAAAAUCUAAGUUGGAGAGAGAGUCAGCGUGCCUGCUUGUCUCUCAAUUCCAGUCUCCUACGGAUGGAGAGAGAGGAGAUGGAUUUCUUCACUUUGAAAUCCUUCUUCUGGGUUGGCGUUUACUACAACGAGACCAACGAACAGUGGCUGUGGGAAAACCAUUCGGUUCUACCCUCUGAGAUGGUUUAUGGUCUUCAAAUUUAUAUGAAUUACUCCUGUGCAUCUUAUAAAUUAAAAGGAGCUUAUUUGGCUGAAAACUGUGCAACUAAACUGCCAUAUGUUUGCAAGAAGUAUCAUUUUUAA